AUGGAUCAGUCCUUUCCGCUGCGCACGACCUUCUUCCGCGGCCCGCCGCUCAACGAAGACGUGCAAAAGUCGCUGGUCGCCGCCGCCAAAGAGAACGCGGCGUCGCUCGUGCAGACCGCGUACAAUGAGAACUGGCGCUACGUGCCGCCCGAGAAGGACGGCGUCCAGUACCGCAAGGACACGUCCAACAUGCUCGUCUCGUGCCGCUUCCUGCGCUGCGCGACGGUCGUCAAGUGCCUCCCGUCCGAGCUGUCGACCUUGGUCUCGCAGCCGACCACGGACGGUCUCCGGAGCUUUCUCAAAAAGUUCCUGCCCCGGUCCAACAACAACAACAACGACGCGAAGCCGGACGACGCGGACGAGAGCGUCAUUAGCGUCAAGUGGGGCGUCGUCGACAUUGGCAUGGGCGCGCGGCGGGACCUCGUCGUCGUCGACCUCCUCGGCGAGACGACCGUGCCCAACACGCCGGAGCGCGCGCCGCUCUACAUGUGGUGCGUGACAUCCACGGACGGCAACAACGUCGGGUGCCUCUCGAUGAAGGAGUCGCACAACCUCACGCGCACGACGUUGACGCGCGCCGGCCUCUUCUGGCGCCAGACCGCGCCGGACGAGGUCGAGGUCGUCUUCUGCGGCAGCUUCAAGAGCAAGGCCGCCAAGGCCGCGGGCACCGCCGUGCUCCUCGGCCUCGGGCGCCUCAGCGACAUGGUCGAGGAGCUCCGACUGAGCUACAUGCACUUUGCGCAUCACUCGACGUGGGUCCGCGACAACGAGCGCACGAGCUGCCUCCUGUGCAUGCGCAACUUCCACACGCUCCGGCGCAAGCACCACUGCCGCAUGUGCGGCGAAGUCAUUUGCUCCGACUGCAGCGUCAUCAAGGCCGUGGACCUCCCGGUCGUCGGCGCCAACAAGGUCCGGCUCUGCAAGGUGUGUUGUGUGCGCGCCAAGACGAGCCCCGUGACGCCGCAGACGCUUCGGUCCGUCACGUCGCUCACGUCGUCCGACUUUGAUGCCGAGCGGUUGCGCUCGACGUCGUCCGGUCCGCUCGAGUGCCAGCUCAUCGUGAGCCCGUCCGCGCUGAGCCAGAGCACGCGCAGCCACCGGUCGUCCGAACCCGAUGACGCCAGCAGCAACUUUGACAACUUCUCCACGAAGGGUCUCUGCGGCGAUGCGAUCCGCAUGUCGCUCUCGCGGCCCGACGAGAAGGCCAAGAAACCCGAAAUCGCCGAGUGGCGCCGCAAGCUCGACGCGUUCGAGCCGCUCAUCGCGACGGGCACCUCGUGCGAGUCGAUGUUUGCGCUGCUUUGCGACCUCGCGUGCGAGACGCUGAGCUGUCCGAUCGCGAUCGUGUGUCUCCUCGAGACGGACGCCGAUGGCGUGCGCCGCGAGAAGCUCAAGUCGACGCUCGGCUUGGAGAACCACGCGCUCAAGAGCGAGAUCCAGAUCUUCAUCGACCGCGUCAUGGACAUCUCGCCGAUCGUUGUGCUGGACGCGGGUGCAGACCCAAGCACGAUGGCAAUCUUUGACCGCGUUCCCGUCGUCCGCUUCUUUGCCGGGUGCCCCAUCUUCGGUCGCAACGCGCAGCACCUCGGCUACAUCUGCGUCGCCGACACGCGCAAGCGGACGUCGCUCGGGUCGACUUGCGCGGCGACGAUGGAGCGCCUCGCGACACUCGCCUCGGCCACCAUGGAAGAGCGCUUAGCGUCCAAGACACAGAUACCGGCGGCGACGCAUCCACUGCCGCCCUCCGGCGCACAUGCGACGACCGUACGCGACGGCAAUGGUGGCUACCACACGUCGCCGCACUCGCAAGCCGAGAUUCGCAUGCGCGACCUGCUCCUCAAGACGCUCAUGACGCAGCAGCAGAUUGCCGCUGCCAAUGGCCCGUACGACACGUAG